UGAUGCUCGUCAUCCGUUCCCUAAUCACUGGACAGUUCUCUCCUUAGGGUUGCGAAUUGCAACUACCUCACGUCAAAUGUGGUCUUGGGUACACGUAGGUAGGCAAGUCAUCGUUUGCUUUCCAUUAUAUAACGGGGUCAGGAGACAACCGCCACCAGGUAUCUUCGUAUUGCUGUUGGCUAUCGACCGGUCUCUUCAAGAAAAGCGAUUUCCAUCCUCGUGCCAACAAGAGGCAGCGACAGCUAACCAUAAAUCCACGGUUUGGUGAUUCCCGAAAAUGAGACCUUGCCACAAUUGGCCGGUGAUAUCUGCCAAAUGGGUUAUUUUCAUCGCCGCAUUUCUUGCGCUGCUGACAGCCAAUGGAGUGUCAACACAGAGCUUAAGCCAAAUACAUUGCACUGUUCCAAGAGCGACUGUUGGAUUAACAGUGACCAACCCUGGAUCUAAUGUUCUCCACGGAACAGUAGUGAAUGUACAAUGUGAUACUGGUUACUACAUUACUGGUCAAUCACAAUAUUCCACCGUGAAGAAAAUCACUUGCGGAAAUGGCGGUCAAUGGACACCGCCUGUAUCAUCUUGUUCACAGAUACAUUGCCUUGUUCCAAAGCAGACUGUUGGAUUGAAAGUGAGCAACCCUGGAUCUACUGUUCACCACGGAGUGGUAGUGAAUGUACAAUGUGAUACUGGUCAUUACAUUACCGGUCAACCACAAUCUACCACGCAGAAGAAAAUCACUUGUGGAAAUGGCGGCCAAUGGAUACCACCUGUGCCAUCUUGUUCAGGGGUGGUUUGCCUAGCACCUUUGCCAGACGGGCGCAGAAGUAUCAAGCACGGAACAGUUCGCAGUUCUUACCCUCAUUGGUUGCUUCGCACCUCACAAAAAUGGUCAUUCUCUGAAAGACGUUGGAUCAGCAACUAUUUUGCCCGUGUUCCAUUUGGAGACAGUCUGACCUUUACAUGUUCAGCUGGCUAUUAUGUAACCAACUCAACAAGCCAGAUGAAGACACAAGAGACUGUGCAGUGCAGAGUUGACGGACAAUGGUCGAAACCAAUCCCAUCUUGUUCAGCUGUAGAAUGCCCUGUACCAUCUACAUCGCACUUCAAUGGAAACACAUCGCUGUUUCCACGCAAGCAGUACUACAGAUAUGCAUUUCGCAGUGGUGCCAUAAACUUCGAAUGCAACCCAGGAUAUCACAUCACUGGGCAAGAAAGCAAUGUCACGAUCUUGGGAGUGAAGUGCGAAACCAGUGGAGAAUGGUCACACAAAACAGGGGACAUUACAUGCGAACCAAUAUCGUGUGGAAGGCCAAAUAUUACCAAUGCUGCUGGGAUAGAAUAUACGAACAUCACCAUUGGAAGCAGUGCAACUGUGGAGUGCCUGUCCGGUUACUAUUGGUCACAGAGCAUAUCUGAGAACACCCAGAAUAGCACCAUUACAUGUCAACAGAAUCGCGAGUGGUCAAAGGGCUACUGUGAAGCUAUCAGGUGUCCCGCUCUACCUCCCAUAUACAACGUUGAAUCGGAUAACAUUACUAUAAACAGCAACACCGAUCACUCCUUCAAAGGCUCAACGCUGCAAAUCACAGUGGGUAGGUAUCUGGACAUCGUCAAUUUUCACUGCAAGAGUGAGCCAUUCCCUGAGGACUACGACCCAAGGACUGGCUUGUCGGUAGAGUGCGGGGAAAACGGCACAUGGUCAUCCCAGAAUUUGAGUUGCAUUGGAGAUCCUCUCCCCACGCAACCGAUUCCAGGAUGUCCUUUAAAAGCAUUAAAGGUGGAUGGUGUAGGCCACGGGCGACUACAAGUGACGAAACCAGCAGCUCCGAUCACCGACAACAGUCCAGACGAAUCGUCACCACUAGAUUCUGCCAAGCCAUUCUCCAACAUCACACUGACAUGCGAUGAUGGGUAUCACGUGACUGGGCAGGGAAAGGAUACUUACGCUGCAGUAUCUACAUGCAAUGAGAGUGGAAGAUGGUCACCUGACUGGACUGCCUCUCUGCCAACCUGUACUGAGAAGGAAGUGGGCAAGCAACGAGACUCGAACCUCACUACCCUAAAAAUGGCGAUUGACAAUGCAGUGAGUCCAGAUGAAGUCCGAGGUUUUGCUACUAAGCUACAGCAGUUAUCUGCCACAUCGCCAGGUGAUCUGGUGACUGCUAACGGCGCCUCACUCCUCGCGUCUCUGGUGAAUAAAUCCAUCCGGGUUCAGGCUGUCAAUGGAUCAGGAUCGGAGUUUGUAAACACGGUCACACGCAAUGUCGCCACCACCGUUAGCAACCUGAUGAAGAACGUUCCUCAAGACGCUCCAGGCAAUGCCCCGCUGUCCAAGGCAACAGUCAUAAUCCGCAUAGCGUUGGAAACGUUAAUGGAGGCUACAGCCGUCUCUUUUCACACGCCAUUCCAAGUAUCUUCUCCAAACCUAGCCCUGAGUUGCCAUUGCCCGAGCCAGUCCUACUCUCAGCUCUCCGUUUCAGAUGAAACCAGCAACGACAAUCAUUCAUCACUUGCGAUUUUAUCGGAGAGCAGUGGCGAGCCAAGCAUCUUGGCAGGUGUGCAUGUUCCACCGCUGAUGCGAUCAUCCCCUACGAGUGAUCCGGAAAACCAUAGUGAGUGUGGUCAAGCUUCGCCUGUGGAGAUCAUUGCCUAUCGGACUCCUAUGCUAUUCCGUCCCAGUGGUGAAGACCUGAAGCCGGGAUCUUCAGCACCAGAGGCUAUCCAAAGUGUUGUGCUGAGCGUAAAGUUUCGUGGGCAUGACCACGUGGACCUACUUGGCAACCCGGUCCAGUUGAACUUCACACAUAAAGACAUAGGCGGUACGCACCGCGCUCUGUGUUCCUAUUGGCACGAAAACACUGAAUCAUGGAGGCAGGAUGGCUGUCGGGCCAUCUCAUCCGGCAAAAAUCCAGGAAUGACAAGCUGUGAAUGUGAUCACUUGACCAACUUCGCCCUGCUGUUCGUUCGUGAUGAUGUCAUCACAUCCGAUGGGCAUGGCAACGCAGGCAGAGCCCUGACGAUCAUUACAUUCGUAGGCAGCGCGCUGAGCAUCAUCUGCCUUCUGGCCACCGUUGUCAUUAUCCUCUACUUCAAGAAGCUUCGCACCAAGCCGUUCCAGCAGACAGCACUGCAGCUAUCUCUGGCACUCAUCCUCAACACCGUGCUGGUUCUGCUGGUGAUGCAGGGACGAGACGAGAACAUGCUCAGCGCCGAUAACGACAGCCUGUGCACCGCUCUGGCCGUGGUAAUGCACCUCAGCUUGCUCGUGGUGUUCGGCUUGAUGGCAGCGGCGGCGGUACACCUGUACCUGAUCAUCGUGAAGACUAAACACGACCAGCGCACCGUACGCCUAGUCUAUGCCCUUGCCUAUGGUACCCCAUUCAUCAUCGUUGUUUUUCCAGCCGGCAUAACAAGACUUGACGCCUACGGCUCGGAAAAGCUAUGUUGGCUAAAGGAUGACAGUACAUUUUACACCACCGUCGUAACACCGCUCUGUGGCAUGCUGGUGUUUAACUGCAUCAUGCUGACCAGUAUUGCCAAGUACCUGUACCACGUACGCAAGAACCUCAGCUCUCAGAAGCAGGGGCGCGAGAUCAACUUAGUUACCGUGGUGAUAUCCAUGUCGGUGGUGAUUGGCCUGGCUUGGAUCAGCGGCGUGUUGCUUGUGAUCCGUAACACUGUUGCGACGCAGUACAUCUUUACUCUGCUCGUGAGCACACAAGGCUGCCUCAUGUUCGCCGUCCACACGGCACGAUCCCCCGACGUUCGUCAGGAACUGCUCAAGUCGGUUCACUCGUCCACCGCGUCUUCCGCCUUGUCAACAAAGCGUCGCCGCGGGUCCAAGGGGAAUGGUAGCACGUCCACCUCCUUUGUCCUGGAUCACAUCCGCAGCUUGUCCCUGUUCAGCCGACGCAGCUCCGCGACACUUUCCCAGCCAACCAGUAGCAGUGUAUGAGACUACAAUCAGUGUGCACUGGUACUGCUCGGAGCCCAGUCCAGUAUAUCGAGUGCUAGGUCUUACAGGUCAUGGGACAUCAGUAAGUAGUUACAUAACUGUUACUACGUCUGCUUGGCCUCCGACUGCAUGUUGGCAUGCCAGUCAGCUGAUCUUGGAUAUACAGUACAUGUACUCUCGCAGUAAGUUUCAUAUUUUUUUGUGCUUGCAUGUACAUGUAUGUUAUAUUUUAAAACAGCACAGUAUGCUAUAAUUAUGUUCUUGCAAUUUUCCCUGACUCUACUCUGCAUGUUGGCAUACAAGUCAGCUGAUCUUGGAUAAACAGUACAUGUACUGCGGUAAUAAUAAAUUACAAAUCUUUUUUUGUGUAUGGAGGUACGUUCUACUUUAAAAGCAUCACAGUAAGCUGUAUAUUCCAGCAAUUUCCCCUGGCAAGUCUCACGAUGACAUUAUGUGUCCGCUGGGGUUUUCAAUCCAGUGCUUCAUCUUAUGCGCCUACGGCAAAAGUUGGAGUAAACAAAAUAUUUCAUUCUAGCCUGAAUGGCCCAAUUCACGGCAGGAGGAAAGCCGAUUGCCACAAUCUUGUGGCUGGCUAUGUAUGAUCUAUGUUAUGCCCUUAUCACAUCAGGUACACGGCCUCGUGUCCCCACAACUAAAUUGCCUAAACUAAAUUGCCUCCUUCCCCAGCCGGUUUUUGUUUAUCUUGGACAUGCUUUUUUUUAAAUUUUCGAUGUGACCUUUUGUGUCAGAGUUGUAGCUGCACUUCUCGUUCAUGCGCAAGAAUACCAAACAUCCAUGAUGAUCUUCUUUGCUUCAAUACAUUUCUGCAAAAAUCAUUUCUUUUCUUCACUUCUUUUUGAAUGAUGCCUUGUCUUAAUCUGCAAGUUCCAUUUCGGUCUCGUUUCGUGUGUUUUUAGCACAGUAUUUGUAUGGGUCUGAUCAGAGUGUUUCCAAUCAAUUUUUUUUACAUUUCAUUACUUGAUAAAUGUUCCUGUCUGGUGCAUUUCCGCUGCUAAACAUUAAUAAUAAUUCCCGUAGCUAUGCAGAAGACGUUACUUCAGUAACGUCUGGCGCUAGCCAGGGUCCAUACAGCUUUAA